GUCCUGACCCAAGUCCUUGCGCACGACUUGACCGUCGGUUAUGAGGAGUUGGAAAACAUGCUGCUCGUGUCAGUGAACGGAGUGAAGGUCAAAAACCUUCGACAGGUCAUGGACAUCGUGGACACGACCAAAGAUGAGUCCUGUGACUGCAAUGAGCCGCACUGGAUCCAGCAGGCGUUCGUGCUCCUACGAGCUGGUGCAAACUUACGCGCGUUCCAGCAGCAACCAUGA